UGACGUUGAGGUAAUGGCCGCUCUCGCUGUGGCGUGAGGACUGUAAUAUUUUCUCCACCAUAGCUGUUAAAUUAACUCGUAAAAUAUUUAUUGUAGACUGUAAAAAAAAAAAACAAUAUCAGCAGGAGAGGGCAGUUCUUAACGCAGCAGUGCUGUCUUUGAAGAGCUCCGGGUCGGCAAGACUGCGGUUGUUCCGUUUACACCAGAAUAUUCUCUGAUGGAUACCCCUGAAAGCCCUACCCAGUCUCCUCAGUCUCCUGAGGAGGAGGACAAGGGCUUUUCUGACAGUGAGCUGCUGGAUUCUCCUGAUGAAGAGGAGGAGGAGGACGGGGUCAUCUCUGACAGUGAGAUAGUCCAUGAAGAGGAGAAUCGGGGGCUUGUUGAGGAGGAGGAGGAAGAGGCGUUGGCGAGCAAUGGAAGAGAUUCGGAAUUGGAGGAGGAGAGGGAUGAAGAUGAUGAAGUGGUCCCUGACUUUGUCUCUGACCCAGAGGAUGAGGAGCCUGUAGGAGAAACAGAAGGGAUGGAAAAGGAGGAUGGUACCAUAGUGUUGAUGGAGGGGGAUGAAGAUGGUCCGAAGGGGGGACAGUUGGAUGGGGAGGACGAGAAGGAAGAAGAGGAGCAAGAGGAUGGAAUCAUUGACACCCCACAGUCUCCAGACUCGGAACAGGGCAAAAGCUUCAUUCCUGAAGAGGAUGGAGAAGACGGGGAGGAACGAUAUGUUGACUACAGAAAGAACGACACUGCAGAUCCUGAGGUAGAUGAUGAUGAUUAUGAUGAUGGGGAGGAGGAAAACACAAGCAAGGAAGAGGAGAACAAAGGGAGGAGAGCUGUUGUGGUGAGGGAGAUGAAGGAUGACCCGGCGUCUGUUUCCCGGGAGCUGGACGAGCAUGAACUGGAUUACGAUGAGGAGGUCCCGGAGGAGCCCAGUAUUCCUGCACACGAGGAAGAGGAAGAUGAGGAAGACACAAAAGCAGAGGGAGAAGAAGAGGAAGAGACUGAGGACAAGCGCAAUAAGAAGAAGGAGAAGAAACCAAUCCUCCCCCCAUCUCCUAACGACAGUGAGUUCAAGAGGUCAGGCGACUCCAAAGGGCCUGAGAGGAUGCGCAGGGAUUCCUUCAGAGAUAAGAAGAAGGAUGAGGAUGAUGGAGAGAUUGAUGAAGGAGAGAUUGAUGACGAUGACCUGGAGGAGGGGGAGGUCAAAGAUCCCUCAGACAGGAAGAUCAGACCACGUCCCAUCUGCAGGUUCUUCAUCAAAGGAAAUUGCACUUGGGGUAUGAACUGUAGGUUCAUCCAUCCUGGAGUCAAUGACAAAGGUAACUAUUCCCUCAUCAGUAAGCCGGACCCCUUCUCGCCCAACGGAGCGCCUCCUGGAGGACCUCACCCACUCAUACCCAAUAAUCCCUGGGCUGGACCUGCAGUGGAGGAGCUCCCUCCACCACCUCCUCCAGUGGAGCCUCCUGUGGAGAGUGCCUGGGAGCGAGGUCUCCGGCAUGCCAAAGAGGUGCUGAAGAAGGCCACCAUCCGUAAGGAGCAGGAGCCGGACUUUGAGGAGAAGCGUUUCAACGUGACCAUCGGAGAGGACGACAGAGAAUUUGACAAAGAGAAUGACUUCUUCAGAGAACGCAGCUACCGCAUCAUCAGAGAUGAAACGGACUUCAGAGAUCCUGUAUAUGGUGACCCAUACGCUGAUCCAUACUAUGACUAUGAAAUGGAGGCCCUCUGGCGAGGUGGCCAGUACGAAAACUUCAGAGUGCAGUACACAGAAGCGCCGCUUCCUUACCACUACAGUGAGCGUGAGCGUGAGCGGGACCCUCGGGAGCGGCCCCGGGACCGAGAGCGGGAGAGGGAUCACCGGGAGAGGGAGCGCCGGCAGAGGGAGAGGGAGAGAGAACGGGAGCGCGACAAGGAGAGGAUGCGGCGGAAAGAGGAGUGGGAGAGGGACCGGAUGAAGCGCGACGAGAAGGAGAGGCCGAGGAUGCGUCCGCCUCGAGACGCCAGGGAGAAAAAAGACGAGGACAAACUGAAACCGCGCUCUCCCCUCAGCGUGCCAUUGAACAGGCCGAUGGAGCCUCCCUCCAAGAAGGAGGAUGGUCCAGUAAUGAGGCGACCAGAUGAGUGGAAGGACCCAUGGCGUCGGUCCAAAUCCCCCAGGAGACGCCCCGGGCUGGGUUCCCCACCACGAGGGCGCCGCCGACAUCGGCCCUCGGGCUCAUCCGUGUCACUGUCCAACUCCUCCAGGUCUUCGUCUCACUCUUCAUCCUAUACAGGUUCUGGGUCAUCUCGCUCCCGCAGCCGCUCCUCUUCGUUCAGCUCCUACUCCAGCCACUCCUCCCAGCGCAGCUCGUUCAGUGGCAGCCGCUCUAGGUCCCGAUCGUUCUCCACAUCCCCCUCACCGAGUCCAGCAGCACAGAGGAACGUAAAGAACAAACUGGAUCUUCCCCCUGUGUUGGCUAAAGGCAUGCCGCUGAAGCCGGGUGCCAUGCCCCCUCCUCGCAGGGAGAAGCCUGCUAUGAAGAAAGCUCCCAGUCCUCCACCUGGUGGACCACAGGGCAGACCCUCCAAACCGUUGCCAGAGGGAGGGAAGCCUCCCACAAAUCCCCGGGAGCCUGGUGGCGCAGGUGGUGGGGCGGGCAGUGGUGGAGCGGGGAGACCCCCUCCUCCAAGGGAACCUGCAAAAACUCCCAACCCGAGGGAAGACAGGCGUAAAGAACGGCAGCAGCAUCCUCCUCGGAGGCGAACUGUGAGUGGGAGUGUUAGUGGAAGUGGUAGCAGUUAUACUGGUUCUAGCUCCAGAUCCUCGUCCAACUCGCGCUCACGGUCACGCUCUGGAUCCAGAAAAUCCAGGAAAUCCAGGUCGCUAAGUGUGAGCAGCGUGUCAUCGGUGUCAUCGGCGUCGUCCAGCGGCAGCUCAGUGCGAAGCGCGGACUCGGACGACAUGUAUGCUGAUCUGGCCAGCCCGGUGUCCUCCGCCAGCUCCCACUCGCCCACACCAAAUCACCCUCGCAAGGAGCGAGGGGCUCCUCGGGACCGGCCCCCACAUGGCAGAGACAAGAACAGGGAGAGACCAUCAAAGAAAGAUGAACCUUUCAGAGAGGACCGCAGGAAGAUCGACCCAUCUGGUGCCCCACCUAGAGGAGGCAACCCCGUGCCCAGAUCUGGACCUGGUAGCAGGGGUGGCCACCCUGUUCAUCCCCCGCCUGGCAUCAUGGGCCCCCCAGGAAGCUACGGAGGUUCUGGGUCCCACAAAGACAUUAAACUCACCCUCCUCAAUAAGCAGCAGGCAGAUAAGGGCAACAGAAAGAGGUACCUGCCUGUAGACAAAGACCGGCCCAGUUCCCCCCUCAGCAAGAGAAUGGCCAUGUCUCCAGACAGAGCCCGGGACAAGAGGAUUCCUGGCCGACCCAUCCUCCCCCCUCGAAUGGAUCGGCCCAGAGGCCAAGGGCCCCGACCCAUGCCCCCCCAGGGAGACAGGAAACGUGCUCUGUCACCACCCGCCAAGUCAUCUGGAAAAGGCCCGGCGGCGCCGGCGGGCAAGCUGCCUGCCCCGGGCUCCGCUUCGGCCGCUGGCUCCGCCUCCAAUUCCAACAAACCCAGCAACACACUGUCCCGCCGCGAGGAGCUGCUGAAACAGCUGAAGGCCGUGGAGGACGCCAUCGCCCGGAAACGGGCAAAGAUCCCCACCAAAUAAACGGAAGCCUGCUCCUCCGCCCAUUCGCCCGCGUGGCCUCGUGAGCCGGGCUUUGAGGGAUUGAGUGUUUUUCCCCUGCCUUCAAUGGACAUGUAAAAUGUUGUAUGGUUCAUGUAUAAAGGCUGUUGUGUAAGUGAACAGGAAGUGGUUUGGCUCUGCUCCCAUAUGCCCGACUUCAGCUCCCAUUAAAAGUCUUUGAGUGUUUCGACUGCUGUUCACCUCAUCAACGAGAAACGGGAGGAAACCUUUGGGCACUCGGUGGGGGAGGGACACCUCAGCCAUGGAGUGUACGUCACAGUACAGAAGGGUGGUAAGGUGCACUCGGUCACUUGCUGUUCGCUCUGUCAAAAGGAAGCAUCUUCCUCAUCUGGUGUGAUAAAGAACAGAUUUAUAUACAUUGAAUCUCCUACUUCUGUCCGUCUUUCUCUGCCCCCUUUUACCGUCUUUUCUUUGGGUCCCUGCGUGUGGAGGAGUGGAACUGUUGCGUCAGCUGUACGAGGCUACCGACACACGGCUUCUUUGUAUAGAUCGACACAUUCUCGAGCAUCCAUUCAGCCUCAGUAAGCGAUCACGAGCCCAAGGGCCAUGUUUAACCAAUGACUUGUCUGUGUUUUAGGGCAGUGCUCACUGUCACACCGUGUACAAUAUUAGCAAGUCAUCAAAUUAUUUCAAGCGUAUGAUUAUAGACGACAGUGAUGAGUAUUGCUUUUCUUUUUUCUUUUUUAAAAGAACCUACAGCUUUGUUUUCUUCUAAGCUCUUAAGUGAUAAACCAAUGUUUUAUUUGUGUAACAUUUUUAGUUGGGAGUGUGAGAAGUGGAACGGAGACAUUUAGAAACAAGAUGUCUUGCUUUUGUGACAAAAGCCUUCUAAAUAAACUAUUUUGAUAAAGAGA